AUGGCAAUGAUUCGUGGAAUCGCUGUGAGUUUGGCAGCUGGUUGUGCGAUAUAUUUUAUUGUCCUGUUGCACUUUCCACUUUCGCAAUGCAGAUUUCCAAGCUGUUUGCACCAAGAACGUUCAAACCUCAAGCGGGCAGUGACGGAAUCAGAUGAAGUCUCAAUCCCUGCAUGGCGUCUCCCGAAACCACCCCGUUUCGAUCGCGGAAUCUACCAGCUAGGCGCCGGAGAGUACAUGAAUGUGUCCAAAUUCCAUGGUUUGAUGCCCGCUGGAAUUUGGAAACGGUUGGUGCCUUUGUUGCACAAACUUGCAAAAGGAAAUGCAAUCAACAUUGUGGUUUUCGGAGGUUCAUUCACUGCAGGCGCGGGUUGCCACCAACCGGACGCAGCCAAUGACAGCCAGUCCUUCAAGAACAAACUUUGUUCCUGGACAGCGCGUUUUUUACAUUGGCUGCGCGUUGCAUUUCCUCAAUCAACUGUAGAAUUGGAAAACCGAGGGCACGGUGGUUCACCAUCGGCUGUUAUUCUUGGAGGUGUGGGGCUCUUCAACUACAGUACCGUGGAUUUGAUUUUGGUAGACACAUUGGUGAAUGAUGCCACAGACGAAAACUGA